UUGACUGUUGAACUCAUUGAAUUUUACUAAUUGAAAAAUUAUAUUUCAACUAUUGGUUUCAGUUCAAUAAAGAACUUUAUAAAUGAAUUUAACUCAUAGAAAAUACACAUUCACAUUAAUUAUUCAAUAUUUUUGUUUACUGUUUGAUGUUGGUGUCAAUUCAUUUUUAACAUUCGCUCGCUCCAAUCCUGCUGAUUUACUUGUUCUAUUUGUGAUUCAAGAUUUUUGCUUGAUCAUUGCUUUAACAAUACUCCUGGCAAAUUUCUUUUCUACCUAUGUUUUUCAGGCUGGUUUGAUACAACUUUUAUACACUGAAUUUCGUUCAACUUUAGUUAUUUGUGUACUUUAUAUAAUAUUAAGUAUCAGCUUACAUUCUUGGCAUAUGACUGUACAUUGGAAUUUACCAUUUCUUCAUUAUUGGAGUAUAACUUAUCAUGCUCUUCUUACCACUCAAAGAUCAAUUGCAGUUCUUUAUUAUUAUUUGAGCAAAAGAACAUCACUUCAAAUAAGUGACCCAAAAUUUCAUGAAAGUUCUGCAUGGGUGCAAAAUCAAUUUAGAUUUAAAUAAAUUUUAAAAACUAAAUUGAAAUCUUAGUGAGAUUUCAAACUUCAUUUUUUAUAGAUAAUUUGAUA